CCCGAGCCCCGGCGUUCCCCCGCCUCGGCCGCCGGGGGGCGAGAUCCCGCAAGGCGCCGCCGCUCCGCCUCCCGGGCGGGCGGGUGCCCCCUGCCGGCCGUAACGGGGCAACGGCGGCGGGGCGGGGCCGUCCCGCAGGCCUGGCAGCGCGGCCGGAACGUUUGUGAAGUGGAACCGAGGACGCGGGUAGCCGAGCGCGGCCGGCGGGGAGUGCGGGUGCACCGCCGGCACCAGCAGGGAGCCAUGUUGGCGGCGGCGGCGUGGGGACUCCGCGGGGCCCGGCUCAGCUGGUGGGUGCCGCAGGCGGCUCCGUCCCGAGGAGGUCACUGGCAGGCUUCGCUGCUGGGGCUCGGGGCGUCGCUCCCCGUGAGAGCACAGCCAAAGAAGAAGAAGAAAGUGGAUGUAAGGAGAGAGCAAGCACAGAAGGAUCGUAUGAAAAGGAAGAUAAAGAAGUUGGAAAAAGCUGCCCCGGAAAUGAUUCCAAUUGAGGAUUUUGUAACACCACUGAAGUACUCUGAUAGCAACAGGGUGCGGAGCCUUCCCCCUCUGCCAUUUGAGGAGACUGAAAGAAGAGUUUUACUUCUGAAGAAGUGGUGUUUGUUUAAGCAGAAACAAGAUAAGGCAGAAAAGAAUGCAAUUCAGAGCCUUGUAGAAGCUCAGCAAGAGGCACUAAGGGAACUGCGCCUUGAAUCGGAGGAGCUGUACCAGGCAGCAAUCAGACGAGACGAGGGGCUUUUCCCCUUCGAGAGAGAUGGACCUGCUUAUACCCCACCACUGCCUGGCUACGAUCCUCCUGAAGGAAAAUGCGUUGAUAUCACCAAAGUGUACACGCAGUGAGGGGGGAGCGUGCUGUUCCUCUGGCAUGAGCUACUCGGCCGACUGGAGGAGGAGAGAAUGGAAUAAGAAUAAACAAUUCCUUCUGCAGGCUAAAAUACUGCAGCCGUGUGUAAAAAACAUUAAUAAAGCACCUCUCUGGGUUUUUUUAAACAGC